AGUAGUAGUAUUCGUAGUACUGGCGAUAGUACUUGUGCCUCAACCAAUAAUUUCAAUUGUGGAACACUUGAACUUCAAAUCAGUCUCGGAGUUGAUCGUGGCGACUGAUCAUCUUUUGCGACCGAAGGGGCAACAGUGAUCCCGCACAACUUGUGACAAAAGUAACUAAACCUAACAAGGGAAAGUACCAAGCAUGCCCAACUCCACGUGGGAUGUUUCCGGUGGGGAAGACACUUUGGGAUGGCAGCCCGAGCUUCCCCCAGAGGCUGGCUACCCCCUCUUCAUCGAAAUGGCUCAGUUCAACUCGGACGGAAGGAAGGAGGAGUGGAGGGAAUCGGCGAGAUGGGUGAAAUUCGAAGAGGACAUUGAGGAGGCGAUGCGCUGGAGUAAACCUUAUGUCCCGUCGAUCCAACUCAGCGCUUUGUAUGAGCUUCGUCGCAUCCUGGAGGGGGCAGAAGUCCAGCUUCAAUUCAACUGCAAUAGCGAAGAACGAGCAUGUCGACUCCUCGUGGACACGUGGGCGUCAAAUGGCGUCAUCCAGGAGUCGGAGAGGGCAAAAGUCCUCCAAACCCUGCUCCGACCUCAUGUUCAUCUCUACGAGACGGCCACUUCCAUCAUCCCGACAUUAUUUAGGAAGAAGAAGCCCCCACUUGAGAGGAAAUCAUCUUCCAGUGCAACUGAAUUUUUGCGAAGGAACAGCAUCUCUUCGGUCGUGUAUCGUCAACCCACCAAAGAAGAUAAAGAGAAAAAUGUUCAAUUUCUGCGAAAAAUACCAGCCAAUGCGGAAUGUGCAAAUAUCAUGGUGGGUCAAAUCCAACUACUUACUGGAUUGAAACAACCGGUGGCUGCAUUUUUAAAGCUGAAGGACGCCACAAUCCUCGGAAAUUUAACGGAGGUUCCCCUUCCCACAAGAUUUGUAUUUGUGCUUCUUGCACCUCACGGCACCAAUAUAAUGGAAAUUGGCCGUGCUGUUGGAACCCUUUUGACCGACCCAGGUUUUAAGGAAUUGGCUUAUAAAGCUGAAACUAAAGAGCGCAUUCUUCAAGGAAUUGACCUGUUUUUGAAUACGACAUCCAUUCUUCCACCAGCGACAUGGGACGCGUCUAUUAGACUGGAACCCCCGAGCGUAGCGGCUGGUGGUGGUCAUGGAGCAAGCAGUCAUGGAGGUGACGAAGAAGAUAACGGGUUGACAAGAACUGGUCGUAUAUUUGGAGGUUUCUUCCAAGACAUUAAGCGCAAGGUUCCAUGGUACUGGUCCGAUUUUAAGGAUGCCUUAUCCCUACAAGUCUUGGCUACUUGGAUGUUUCUAUACUUUGCUUGUCUCACUCCCCAAAUCACCUUUGGAGGCUUGAUGGGUCUUGCAACACAUAAUGCAAUGGGUACAAUGGAAACGAUGGUAGCUGGCUGUGUUUGUGGAAUAGGAUUCGCCCUUUUUGCUGGACAACCGCUAACAAUUUUGGGCAGUACAGGACCUGUACUUGUGUUUGAGAAGAUUCUCGUCCAUUUCUCAGAAUCAAACGGACUCAACUACCUCGAGUUUAGAUUAUGGGUUGGACUUUGGAUUGCUCUUAUCCUGAUGAUCCUCGUGGCCACAGAUGCGUCCGCGUUGGUAUCAUACAUUACGAGAUUUACAGAGGAUAAUUUUGCAACCCUUAUUGCUUGCAUCUUCAUGGUGGAGGCACUCAAGAAUGUCAUGCUAAUUCGUCACGUGAAGCAUGGUCCACCCAUCACAAGGGGGCUAAAUGAUUCCGCACUUGAAUUCAUGAACAACAGCCCCAACGGCGUCAGCUCUAAUGCAAUGCGUGAUUUUGAUGAUGGUCAAAAUCAGACAGCUUGGAACUUUGAUUACGAUGUUUAUCAGGACACCACGCCCAACAUUAACUUACUCGAAGCCCUUCAGACCGAGACGUCUCAAUCAAUCUUCUUAAUGUCACUUCUCCUCUUCAUUGGAACUUUCUUCGUGUCCUAUAUGCUCAAAGAAUUUCGAAUGUCUCCAUUCUUUCCUACAUGGUUUCGCUACAUUGUGUCUGAUUUUGCAGUAAUCUUGGCUAUUGCGGCAAUGACAUUUGUGGAUUUUAAAUCUGGCAUUCCAACCCCGAAACUGACUGUGCCGGAAAAAUUUGCACCCACGUCGAGUGAGCGUGGCUGGUUUAUUCCACCAUUUGGGAAGAAUCCAUUUUGGAGUCUUUUUGCAGCAUCAAUUCCUGCAUUGUUGGCGACAAUUCUAAUUUUUAUGGAUCAACAGAUCACGGCUGUCAUUGUGAAUCGAAAAGAUCAUAAGCUAAAGAAAGGAUGCGGGUAUCACUUGGACCUUUUCGUGCUCGCAAUUCUCAUCACGGUUGGUUCACUCUUUGGCCUCCCUUGGUUCGUCGCAGCUACAGUGGAAAGUUUGACCAAUGUCAGUUCUUUAAAAAUGGAAUCCGAAUCGGCUGCUCCAGGAGAAAAGCCAAUCUUUUUGGGAGUACGGGAACAACGAGUGUCCAAUUUGCUGGUCUUUAUCACGGUUGGGUUGUCCGUAUUACUGACGCCUGUCCUGCGCCACGUCCCAAUGCCCGUUCUCUACGGCGUCUUCCUAUACAUGGGAUUCUCUGCCUUGAUGAGAAUGGAACUCUUCCAACGAAUUUUGCUCAUGUUCAUGCCUCUUAAAUACCAACCAGACCAUGGGUACUUGCGGGUUGUGCCCUUAAUGAGGGUGCACUUAUUCACCAUGAUCCAACUACUGUGCUUGGUUUUGUUGUGGAUCAUCAAAAGUCUGAAACAGACUGCAAUUCUCUUUCCCCUUAUGUUGGUGGUAAUGAUGGUUGUCCGUAAACUCCUUGAUUACCUUUUCACCCAAACUGAGCUGUUGGCCUUAGAUGAUGCUUUACCAGGAGCAGGACAUACAAAAGAUGAGAAGACACAAUAUGCAGAAGUUAUACGCAAGAGUGAUGCUAAUACAGAACUCAACGGAUGCAAAUACAAAUCCGUUGCGAAUGAUGAUGUAUAGCAGUUUAUAAAACGCUGAUGCAUACAACAUCUUCACUUGUUAACCAACCGUGGUGCCUUUAUAGUAAUUAAUAACUUUUCUAUUAAAUUUAAAUUACCUUUGUUAUUAUGCGAUUUUAAACAAAUUGCAAAUGUCUAUGCAAAAUUUAUUUAUUUUGCAUGAGAAUAUAUAACACACUUUUAUUUAUCCCAAACCUAUAUUAACCUAUGACUUAACUUUAAAAUUGUUCUAUUCAGAGAUACUAAAUCAACUUUAUGUAAUAUAAAUAUGUAAAUAUGAUCAUUAUAAUAAGAAAAAAUACUAACAAAUGUAUACUACAUGCCAAAUUAAAGUAAAUGCUUUCAAAUUAUUAUUAUACCAAAAUAAAUACCAACCGAACUUGUAAA